AUGGGCGCCGACCUCUUCCAUUCUCUAACUUCGGUCGCCAAGCUGGGCUCGAUCGCGUAUCUGCUUUAUCUUGUUGUGAGCACAGUUGGUCUCAUCGUAUAUAGAGUGUUCUUCCACCCCCUUCACAAGUUUCCUGGUCCACGACUGGCUGGUGCAACAUACUGGUACGAAACCUAUCAGGACCUCUUCACAGGCCCGUACCCGGGCCAAGGAGCAUACAACAUCGAACGCCUUCACAAGCAAUAUGGCCCUAUCGUCCGCGUUAGCCCCGACGAGCUCUCCGUCAAUGAUCCGGACUGGUUCGACACACUCUACAAAUCUGGUCGACGCGACAAAUGGCCCAAGAACUCCAAAGCCAACGGCUCGCCUGGCUCCAUCGCCUCCACCAUCCACUAUGCCCAACACAAGGCACGGCGCUCCGCCAUCACGCAGUUCUUCAGCAAGCAAGCCGUCAACAACCUCGAAUCCAUCAUCGGCGCGAAGGUCAACCAGCUCACUAACGGCAUCGAGCGCGAAUUCCGCCAGAAGGGCCAAGUGCUCAACACUGGCAUUGCUUUCACGGCGCUCACGCUAGAUGUGAUCAGUGAUUAUUGCUUUGGACAGUCGUGGCGGUGUCUCGAGCGUCCUGAUUUCGCGCCAGAAUGGAAGAAGACGAUGACGAAUUUGUUCGAGCCUGUGCCCGUGAUGAGGAACUUCCCAUGGAUCAUGGGCUUCAUGCAAUCGCUACCGGAUUGGGUCAUGGCGAAGAUGGCGCCGGAUAUGGUUAUCUUUGCAGAGGCGAAAAAUAGCGUGCAAAGACAAGUCGAGCGCAUCAUCGCCGAGCGCGAAGCCUCUGCCACAGGCACAAAAUCAUCCUCUCUCGGACGCCCCGAGCCCGGCUUUGACAACAGCUCCUCGCGCACAAUCUUUCACGCCGUGCUCGACUCGCCUCUCGGUUCCGAAGAGAAGACUGUGGACCGGAUUACGGACGAAGCCUUCGUGAUGAUCGUCGCGGGCGGCGAGACUACCGCAAAGACUCUUACGAACGCUGUGUACCACCUCCUGGCCAAUCCUGCAUGGCUGAAGCGUGUGCUGGCCGAGUUGGACCAGGUUAUGCCUGACCCGAACGUCCUUGCUCCUUACUCGAAACUAGAAGCGCUGCCCGUGUUGGGGGCCGCGAUCAAAGAGACGUUGCGGAUUAGUGCGCCGGUGACGAAUCGGGUGCAAGUGAUUGAUCCGGAGGGCGAUUUGAUGUUCGGUGACAAGUGGGUGGUUCCACGAGGCACCCCGGUGAGUAUGAGUGUGCCGGCCAUCCAUCUUGACGCGGCGUGUUUUCCGCAGCCGAUGGUGUUUGAUCCGGAGAGGUGGAUUAGUGAGGAGACGAGGGAGAGGAGCUUGAGGUAUUAUAUGCCAUUUCAUCGGGGAACGAGGAAUUGCGUGGGGCAGAACCUCUCAUACGCAGAACUCUACCUCGGUCUCGCUGCCGUGCUGCGCCGCUUCGAGCUCGAGCUAUACGAUACAGUGCGGGAGAGAGAUGUCGACACGGUCAGGGACUGCUUUGUGGGGAUGCCGACACCGCAGGCCCAAGGGGUCAGAGUGAGAGUUCUGGGGAAGCGACCUUGA